CGAGCGGGACAUCUGCCCCCUCCAUUGAAGAAGGGAUGAAAAAAAUAUAUAACAGAUGUUCCAGAUUUUCAGUGAUCGCGCCUCUGUUCGCUGAAAAAUUAGAUAUUUUUCCCAGCAACCCAAAAAUUAGUUUUCAAUUAUUAGUCAUUACAAUUAAUUACAUUAAGACAGAAGUUAUGAACAUUUAUUUUUUCCCCGAGCACUGUUUGGAAUAUUUGUAUAGUACUGCUGGCUUUAUGUUUUAUUCAGGAACAAAUCAGGAUUGCAGGCCUAUUUGAAUGACAUUGCACACGCGCUGGGAUUUGUUGUUUUUCCAUCCAUCCAACCACCCAUCUUCCAACCACUUAUCCUGAGCAGAGUCAUAGGGGCUCGAAAUUAUGGUUAUUUUGAAAUGAACAAUGAAUAAGAAACAAUAUGGAAGGUUAUAAUGCGUUAUGAUCUCAUUGCACUGUUUCCAAUGCGUCAGGACACCGACACUAGGUAAAACAAUAACCGACACCGUCCAGGGGAAAAAGUCUAAGGAGAAUGGGCGUUAGAACGUAUUCUGCGAGACCUCAGGGGAUAGGUUUCGCCUUUUCUCCGGUAAUGCUGUCCCGAUUCAUUGAGAAUGAAAGGGCCGCGCCGUCCCCAGUGUAACGCCAGUAAUAGCAGACUCUUGUUAGUGCCUGGGAACGCCGGGCCAGCGCUCCGCGCGCCGCGGACCACGUGACGCGCCCUAAUAGCGAAACAGAAGGUUUCACUAGGGUGCACAUUUCCAGGCUGGACAUCUGUCGCUUUUUCUCUUUAUCGGGCGGGCAGCGCAGCUAUUGAAAAGAAGCAGUGACCUGUCAGUCUUGACUGAUGGGAGCGGGCCACUGGGAUCGACCCCAUGUGUGGGAAAAUACCUCAGCCAAAGAGCUCCCACAUUCACAUGCUAAUCCUGCCCUUAUAAAUAAGAGGAGAGCAGAGCGCGGAGGCCUUAAAGACGAGACAGAAUCCGCUCCAAGAGAGAACAGGGGAAAGUCGCGGUUCAUAUCCACCAAGCUAGGGAGAUGACGGCCACCGCCGUGACCCACAACGUGGAGAAAUUGUCGAGCGCUAAAGAAGAGAGAAAGCUGAGAAAGCCACUAAUUGAAAGAAAAAGACGAGAAAGAAUAAAUAAUUGUCUCGAUCAACUGAAAGAAACCGUGGUCGGCGCUUUCCGACUAGAUCAAUCUAAACUGGAGAAGGCUGAUAUUCUUGAAAUGACAGUGAAGCAUCUGCAGAAUAUUCAGAGCAACAAAUUCGCCGCUGACUCCACCGUAGGGUUAGAGGCCCAGCAGAAAUACAGCACGGGCUAUAUCCAGUGUAUGCACGAGGUUCACAAUCUGCUGCUAACCUGUGAGUGGAUGGAUAAAACACUAGGCUCUCGUCUGCUCAACCACCUGCUCAAGUCGCUCCCGCGUGCUACCGAGGAUACCCCGCCCGCCGUGACGUCCAUGGCCCCGCCUCCUCAGCAAACGCAGGAAAGCUGCAGCGCCGGCCCUGUGCUGCCCUCAAGCCGUGCGUUCGGCGGGGCUGCCGCCAAGGCCCAGCAGAGCGCGGGCACCCGUGAUAAGGCGCUCCUGUUACCGGGCAACCAGCUAUUUAACAACCAGCACAUAGCCACACUUGACAUGUGGCGGCCGUGGUGACGGGAGCAAACUGAGGCAGCCCUCUGGUUUUGUUUUUGAUCUGCGUGUAGACUCUUUUCCUUAUGUAUCUUAUAGAUAUGCUUCUCAGAGCACUUGUGGGGCAGUCCUGUUCCAGAAUAGAUGUGCUGCAGACCUCAGUACUUCCACAGAAGUAAACCUCUUGUAGCCUGCAUUGUAGAAGGCUAUUAUUCAGCUAUUUAUUGUAUUAACUCUUAAUUUAUUUAAUAAGGAAUACUUGCUUUAGAUUAUUUCCCCUCUUUUGUAUGUAAACGUAUUAACCCAAUAAUAAUAAAAUGAAUAUUUAAUCCACA